AUGUCGGCGACAACUGAAAGUCAAGGAUCGAGUGGAGGGGGAAGCCCAGGUGGAGAGCAACCUUCCAGCUCCAACCCCAAAGAAGAUGAAUCAGCCAGAUACGAAUGUAACAUUUGUUUGGACACAGCUAAAGAUGCUGUAGUUUCUAUGUGUGGUCACUUGUUUUGUUGGCCCUGUUUGGUUAAAUGGUUUGAUACUCGUCCACAAAGACAGUCCUGCCCUGUAUGCAAAUCAGCUAUAAGUAGAGACAAGGUUAUCCCUAUAUAUGGUCGUGGCGGAGACAAUACUGAUCCUCGAGAAAAGGUUCCCCCUCGUCCUCGAGGCCAAAGAACAGAGGCUCCCCAGUCCGGUUUUCCUGGCUUCAGUUUUGGAGGUGACUCGCAAGGUACGGGUGGAGUUCAAUUCUCGAUGGGAAUCGGUGUUUUUCCAAUCUCAUUUUUUAUGGGAUCUUUUUGGCGUAAUAACACAGAUGAGAGAGCUCAGCCAGGUAGUCGGCAGCAUGUGGAAGAAGAUUUUCUUAAUAAUAUUUGGCUUUUCCUUGCGGUAGCCAUAAUUGGCUGGCUCUUGUUCAUUUGA